UUAAGCGUUGGCACUGAACCGGGCAACAAUCUUUCACUCCUCCGCUCUCGAAUCGUCGCGAUCAACCGAUCAACCGAUCUACCAAUCCACCUAUCUAUAACUAGAGCAAACUGAGAGAGUGUUCUAUGAAUCGAAACGAUCGAAUUUAAAGUAUUUUAGCGUGGAAAACUCACAAGUUCUUGUUGUGUGUCCCAUGAUUGCCGUGUGAUCGAUCCAUCGGAAUUAAUUGCACAAAUAUGAGCAGCAAUAUCGGCAUGCGCAUGCUAAUGAUGAUUAUGCCUCAUUUAUAGUGCGCUAAUUGAACGCGAAAUUACUCGAUAAAACCAAAUAUACCCCAACCAUUCGCAAACAAACAUCAACUCGAAAGGAAAAUAGUACCAAGUGUGUUUUAGUGAGAGUGUGUGUCGAUUGAUCGAACAGCCGCAUAAAAUGGAUAUCAGCUAUAUCUUCGUGAUCUGCCUAAUGGCCCUGUGCAGCAGCGGCAACAGUCUCAGCCAAGUCGAGGGCAAACAGAAAUCCGGACGGGGUCGGGGCUCCAUGUGGUGGGGCAUUGCCAAGGUCGGCGAACCCAAUAAUAUAACGCCCAUCAUGUACAUGGAUCCGGCCAUCCACUCUACACUGAGAAGAAAACAGCGACGGCUGGUCAGGGAUAAUCCCGGUGUGUUGGGUGCCUUGGUUAAGGGCGCCAACUUGGCCAUCAGCGAAUGCCAACAUCAGUUCCGGAAUCGUCGCUGGAACUGCUCAACGAGGAACUUCUCGAGGGGCAAAAAUCUAUUCGGCAAAAUCGUGGAUCGAGGCUGCCGAGAGACGAGCUUCAUCUAUGCCAUUACCAGUGCGGCGGUGACCCACUCGAUUGCCAGGGCCUGCAGCGAAGGGACGAUCGAGUCCUGCACCUGCGACUAUAGCCACCAGUCGCGGUCCCCACAAGCGAACCACCAGGCGGGCAGUGUGGCUGGAGUGCGGGAUUGGGAGUGGGGCGGCUGCUCCGACAACAUCGGAUUCGGGUUCAAGUUCUCCCGGGAGUUCGUCGAUACCGGCGAGAGGGGUCGCAAUCUGCGCGAGAAGAUGAAUCUGCACAACAACGAGGCGGGUCGAGCGCACGUCCAGGCGGAGAUGCGACAGGAGUGCAAAUGCCAUGGCAUGUCCGGCUCUUGUACAGUGAAGACCUGUUGGAUGCGACUGGCCAAUUUCCGUGUGAUCGGUGAUAAUCUCAAGGCCCGAUUCGACGGAGCCACACGCGUCCAGAUUACCAACAGUGUGAGGGCCACCAAUGCCUUGGCCGGAGUUAGUCCCAAUGCGGCCAGCUCGAAUUCCGUGGGCUCCAACGGCCUGAUUAUUCCCCAAUCGGUGGUCUACGGCGAGGAGGAGGAGCGCAUGCUGAACGAUCAUAUGCCGGACAUUCUGCUGGAGAACAGUCAUCCGAUCAGCAAGAUCCAUCAUCCAAAUAUGCCGUCGCCUAAUAGUUUGCCCCAGGCUGGGCAAAGGGGCGGUCGAAACGGACGUCGGCAGGGCCGCAAGCACAAUAGAUAUCACUUCCAACUGAACCCGCACAAUCCCGAGCACAAGCCGCCAGGCUCAAAGGACCUCGUCUAUUUGGAGACCUCGCCCAGCUUCUGCGAGAAGAAUCUAAGACACGGCAUUUUGGGCACCCAUGGGCGCCAGUGCAAUGAGACCUCGCUGGGCGUCGACGGAUGUGGGCUGAUGUGCUGUGGGCGUGGCUAUCGGAGGGAUGAGGUGGUGGUCGUGGAGCGAUGUGCCUGCACCUUCCACUGGUGCUGCGAGGUCAAGUGCAAGCUGUGUCGAACCAAGAAGGUCAUCUACACGUGUCUUUAAGGAAGCAUCCUGCCUCAAAAAACCCACUUCUCUCCCUCUACAACUCGUCGCCCCACUUCUUUGUAUGUGUUAUGUAUUUUGUCUACGCUUAGCCUUUGUUAUUAGCACCUUAAGAGCCUAGACCAUAGCCUAGUUAAAGAUACAACUAACCACCCUGACAAAUCCCAUCUAAAGCCUCACUUUUUAGCUCUCACUUUUUUUUGUAGCAGUAUUACACGAGGAAUAUUAACGAAUAGAUUUCAAGAA